AUGAACAGCUGUAAGAAGGUUCCUGUGUGCCAUAUCCAGUACGACUUUGAGCAAUGCGUCGCUGAAGAAACUGACGGAGGUCAAUUUUAUGUCAAUGUCGAUAGAUCGUUGAACGAAGUUGAAGAGUUUACUGUCAAGUUUUCUGCUGGAGGAAACCAAUUCGAUGCCGGUGAAGGUGGUUCAUUUAAUAAGGUUGAUGAUCACUUGUAUCAAACGACCUUGGGUGAAACCCUGGAGAAAGAAAAUAUGACUCGGGGUGGGGUGGAUUGUAGGUUCCGGACAAUGGAUAGAGAUUAUACAAUGAAUUCGCAUCAAGAUGACGAGGAUGAAAUCCAAUGGACUGCCAUAGACGCCGUUGGGGUACCACAUGAACUAUAUGCUCUAGGAAAUGCCAAAGGGGACAUUAAGGUCUACGACAAGAAAUUAGAUUUACAACGAGAGAUGAAAGGAGCACACUUGAGCGAUAUAACUUCUCUUAGGUUUUUCCCAAGCGGUGAAGUGCUACUGUCUAGUUCGAACGACAUGCAAUUGAAGAUAUGGUCAGUAAUCGAUGGAUCCAAUCCACGCACUUUUGCAGGGCACAAAUCUGAGGUAACCGAUACAUGCUUGAUUGAAAGAGGAAGAAACUUCUUGUCAUCAUCAGCUGAUGGAACUAUCAGGUUAUGGGAAUGUGGUUCAGGUGAAACGCUCAACGUAUUUGCGAGAAAAGAGAACCCUAACGAUGGAAUCAAUUCAAUGGCCCUCUUCGAAGAUGGGAGUUCGACGGACGGCUCUCAUCCUAUGGAGUUUGGUACUCAAGGCAAACAUGUCCUCGCAGGGCAUUGUUCAGGUGUGAUCACGCUUCAUGAUAUCUUCAACAAAGAGCAAGAGGUUCAACUACCCAGUAAAUUCUCCUCUUCGUGUAACACUGUGGCGACAGAUCCUGAAAGUACCAAUUUUUUUUAUGCUGGCUAUCAGAAUGGAGCACUAGCACAGUGGGACCUGAGAAAACCGUUGGAACCAAUAGAUUAUAUGUACAUCAACGAAGGGCUCCCAAUAAAUUACAUAUACAGCUUAUCGAAGGGACUCUACAUUUCAUCAGGCCUCGAUACCAGCCUCAAAUUGAAUAUGAGUACUUAUAAGUCGAAUGGAACGAUAGGAAGGUCCAUCUUAGAUCGCCCGACUUUCCUGGUCUCUAACGACUACAGAGUCGCCCAAUUCACUUUAACCCCAGAUACAAAGCAUAUAAUAGCCGUCGGAAACUGGGGAUUUUGUGGCAAGUACAGUUCGGAGGAUAAAUAUUGUAAAUAA